GGCGGCCGGUAACAGCCGGGGAGCCGCGGGCCCGCCGCGCUCCCUGCGCUGCACUCCGGGUGUGCGAUAGCGGGGCGGUGCCGGCCGCUCGCCGCGCCGGCCGGGCCCCGCCGAUAAGGGCGGUUGGCUGGGCCCGCUCCCCCACAGGGCCCAGCCCCGGCCGUCCCCGCGCUGACCGGGGAAAGGGACGCGCGCAACCCCUGUUGUCCCCGGGCGGUGCCGGAACCCCGAGGGACGCGGAAACCUGCCCGGAGGCCGCCCCGCCGAGGUGCUGCCCGCAGGUUGUUUUGUAAUUGUGCUUAGUAAAAGCACGUUCCUUACGUCAGUCAUUCAUGCAAUGGCAGAAAAAUAUGGAUUUCCAUUGGCUCACAAAUAGAAAUGGCACACCUUUAGAAAGGCAAACAUUGAACAAUACUGUAAAAGAUUAACACUAAAGCCCCACAAUGUCCUUGAAACCACGAGUAGUUGACUUUGAUGAAACAUGGAACAAACUUCUAACAACGAUUAAAGCUGUUGUUAUGUUGGAUUAUGUUGAAAGAGCAACGUGGAACGAUCGCUUCUCAGACAUUUAUGCUUUGUGUGUGGCCUAUCCUGAACCUCUUGGAGAGAGACUUUAUACUGAGACUAAAAUUUUUUUGGAGAAUCAUGUACGCCAUUUGCACAAGAGAGUUCUGGAAGCUGAAGAACAAGUACUGGUUAUGUAUCACAGAUACUGGGAAGAGUAUAGCAAAGGGGCAGACUAUAUGGACUGUUUAUACAGGUACCUCAACACACAGUUUAUUAAGAAGAACAAAUUGACUGAAGCUGAUCUUCAGUAUGGUUAUGGAGGGGUGGAUAUGAAUGAACCGUUGAUGGAAAUUGGAGAGCUAGCUCUUGAUAUGUGGAGAAAAUUAAUGAUUGAGCCACUGCAGGCCAUCCUUAUUCGGAUGCUCCUCCGAGAAAUAAAGAAUGAUCGCUGUGGAGAAGACCCAAACCAGAAAGUAAUCCAUGGGGUUAUUAACUCCUUUGUUCAUGUUGAACAGUAUAAGAAAAAAUUCCCCCUAAAGUUUUAUCAGGAAAUUUUUGAGUGUCCUUUUCUGAAUGAAACAGGGGAGUAUUAUAAACAAGAAGCUUCGAACUUAUUGCAAGAGUCAAAUUGCUCACAGUACAUGGAGAAGGUUUUAGGUAGAUUAAAAGAUGAAGAAAUGCGAUGUCGGAAGUACUUGAAUCCCAGUUCAUAUGGCAAAGUCACUCAUGAAUGCCAACAGAGGAUGGUAGCUGAUCACUUGCAGUUUCUACAUGCAGAAUGUCACAAUAUUAUCAGACAAGAGAAAAGAAGUGACAUGGCAAAUAUGUAUACUCUGCUUCGUGCUGUGUCAAGUGGUUUACCUCAUAUGAUUCAGGAACUACAAAACCAUAUCCAUGAUGAGGGCCUUAGAGCAACCAGCAAUCUUUCUCAGGAAAAUAUGCCAACUCAGUUUGUGGAGUCAGUUUUGGAAGUACACAGUAAAUUUGUCCAACUGAUCAACACUGUUUUGAAUGGUGAUCAACACUUUAUGAGUGCCCUUGACAAGGCUUUGACAUCAGUAGUUAACUAUCGGGAGCCCAAGUCGAUCUGCAAAGCACCUGAGUUGCUGGCCAAAUACUGUGACAACUUGUUAAAGAAAUCAGCAAAAGGAAUGACAGAGAAUGAAGUAGAAGACAAGCUUACAAGUUUCAUCACUGUUUUCAAGUACAUUGAUGACAAAGAUGUAUUCCAAAAGUUCUAUGCCAGAAUGUUGGCAAAAAGAUUAAUUCAUGGUUUGUCUAUGUCUAUGGAUUCUGAAGAAGCAAUGAUAAAUAAACUAAAGCAAGCCUGUGGUUAUGAAUUUACCAGCAAGCUCCAUCGAAUGUAUACAGACAUGAGUGUUAGUGCUGAUCUCAACAAUAAAUUCAACAACUUUAUCAAAAACCAGGACACAAUCAUUGAUUUGGGAAUUAGUUUUCAGAUAUAUGUUCUACAGGCUGGUGCAUGGCCUCUAACUCAGGCUCCUUCUUCUACAUUUGCAAUUCCUCAGGAACUGGAAAAAAGUGUACAGAUGUUUGAAUUAUUUUACAGUCAGCAUUUUAGUGGAAGGAAGCUUACUUGGUUACAUUAUCUUUGUACAGGUGAAGUAAAAAUGAAUUAUUUGUGCAAACCUUAUGUAGCCAUGGUCACAACAUACCAAAUGGCAGUGUUGCUUGCCUUCAACAACAGUGAGACUGUCAGCUACAAAGAGCUUCAGGACAGUACACAAAUGAAUGAGAAGGAGCUGACAAAAACCAUCAAAUCUUUGCUUGAUGUCAAAAUGAUCAACCAUGACUCAGACAAGGAAGAUAUAGAGACAGAGUCUACAUUUUCAUUAAAUAUGAACUUCAGCAGUAAACGAACAAAGUUUAAAAUUACCACAUCAAUGCAGAAAGACACGCCACAGGAGAUGGAGCAGACCCGAAGUGCUGUAGAUGAAGACAGGAAAAUGUAUCUUCAAGCUGCUAUUGUCCGUAUCAUGAAAGCGCGCAAAGUGCUGCGACAUAAUGCUCUUAUUCAGGAGGUAAUUAGCCAAUCAAGAGCAAGGUUUAACCCAAGUAUCAGCAUGAUUAAGAAGUGUAUUGAAGUCCUGAUAGACAAACAGUACAUAGAGCGAAGCCAGGCCUCUGCAGACGAAUACAGUUAUGUAGCAUGAUGUUGCUAUCCUGCAGGUAUGAUUGUAAGGAGAUCAUUGCUGUCACUGUUUGGUGUGUUCCUGUGGGAAGAGGCAGGCCUGUGCCUCCAUAAUUGGUCACUUGGCAGCCCCUGUUUUUCUGCUGUUUACAACAUCACCAGUGCCAUGUCAUGAGCGUCAAUGAAAAUGCCUAUAGAUAUUUCAAGCUCAUGUCAUUAUGACAUUUCUUAAAACUUUACUAAAAGAAUGAGUGAAGUAUUGCUGAAAUGUGGAGAAUUGGUUGGGUACCAUGCUUUUUUUUUUUCCCCCUCCCUCCCCUUUCACGUUUGCAGUUGAUGUUUUUUAAUGUAUCUUAAGACAAAGUAAAAAAAAAAAAUCACACAAAAAACCUAAAUAUUGUAAUAUGACAGAUAACCUAAUAAUUGUAUCUACAUUAAAAUGUAAAAAAAUGACGAACAUGAUACUGCUGCUUGUCAAAUAAAAAAAUAAAGUUAUAUAAUGUGUCUCGAA